AUGAAACUGGCUAGGGUUUGUGGUAUGAUAAUCAAAACAGGCCUCAAUUGGGUGAGCCUUCAGAGGCCUAUUAAACCAAGCCCAACAGAAGGAUAUGUGCCAUGGUCCAUGGACACCAAUCUUAAUAAAGCAGCAAAUGCCCUGGUGGUCAAGCAGACCCCUACUACAUGGGCUGGCCGAUGGGCUUAA